AUGGCUGAAGGAGUUUUAUUCGAACAUGCAGGCAGAGUCCUUGGAGUGCUGACUUCUUUAACUCUCCAAGAGAUUCAGUUGUCCUUGGGUGUCAAAGCUGAGCUUGAAAAUCUAACGAAUACGGUUUCCACCAUCCAAGCUGUGAUUCUAGAUGCAGAAAAGCGGAGUUCUCAUAACCAUGAGAUCAAAGACUGGCUUAGAAAGCUCAAAGAUGUCAUUCAUGAUGCAGAUGACUUGUUAGAUGACUUCUCCACUGAAGUUUUGCGGCACAAAGUGAUGGUUGGAGAUGUGAUGACAAAGGAGGUAUGUAUUUUCUACUCAAGUUCAAACCAGCUUGUUUUUAGUCCUAAGAUGGGUCAUAAAAUCAGGGCCAUUAGGGAGAAAUUAAAUGGCAUUGCAGAUGAUAGGACCAAGUUCCACUUUAUGGAAAGCCCCAUUGAGCCUCAAAUGAUUAAUAGGGAAAGAGAAACUUAUUCUUUUGUGCCAGAAGAAGAAGUUGUUGGGAGAGAAGAUGACAAAAAUGCAAUUGUAGAAUGUCUUUUGGAUAAUAAUGUUGUAGAAAAUGUUUCAAUUAUUUCGAUAGUUGGAAUGGCUGGGUUAGGUAAGACCACACUAGCUCAACUCAUAUACAAUGAUAAGAUUGUUAAUAAAACUUAUGAGUUGAAACUUUGGAUUUGUGUCUCUAGUAACUUUGAUGUAAAACAAAUUGUUAAAGCAAUUUUAGAACAUUUGAUUGAUGAGAAGCUUAAAGAAAGCCUUGAAAUCUUGCAAACACAACUUCGAGAAAAACUUAAUGGAAAAAAAUAUUUGCUUGUCUUGGAUGAUGUGUGGAACGAGGAUAAUAAUAAAUGGUUUCUCUUGAAAAAUUUGUUAAUGGUUGGUGCAAGGGGAAGUAAGAUAAUAGUAACUACACGCUCUGAAAAGGUAGCAAUGAUAAUAGGCACAACUUCAUGUUAUCCUCUAAAAGGCCUAACUAAAAAAAAGGCUUGGAGUUUAUUUGUAAAAAUAGCAUUUGAACAAGGCCAAGAACCAGAGAACCAAGCCCUUGUAAGCCUAGGAGAGGAGAUUAUGAAUAAUUGUGCUGGGGUACCUCUUGUUAUAAGAACAAUAGCAAGCUUACUACGCUCCAAGACUUCAGAAAAUGAGUGGCGAUCUUUUAAAAAUUAUGAACUCUCAAAAAUCGCUCAAGAAGAAAAUGAUAUCUCAUCAACACUUAAGUUGAGUUAUGAUCAUCUACCCCCAUACUUAAAGCAAUGCUUUGCUUAUUGUAGUUUAUUUCCCAAAGAUUACAAGAUUCAAGUAAAGACACUAAUUGAUCUUUGGGUAGCACAAGGUUUUAUUAAAUUAUCAGAUCCAAAGCAACGUGUGGAGGAUGUUGGUAGAGGGUACUUUAUGGUGUUACUUUGGAGGUCAUUUUUCCAAGAUAUAGGAAAAGAUGAACAUGGAAAUGUUAUAUGGUGCAAAAUGCAUAAUCUCAUGCAUGAUCUUGCAACUUUGGUGUCUGGGAUGGAAAGUGUUGCAUUAAAUUCAAGUGGGGAAAACAUUGGUGAAAAAGUUCGUCAUCUAUCAUUUAAUCUUAUGGAUCCAAUCACCAUGCUUAAUGGAAGGAAGAUGCGAACAAUUCUUGCAUCUAGUGUAGGGGGAAAUUUGGGUAAUUUAACUUGUGAUGCACUUGUUUCAAAUCUUAAGUAUUUGCGCACAUUGGAUUUAAGCAAUUUACGACUACAUGCAUUGCCAAGUUCAAUCGGAGAGUUGAAACAUUUAAGAUAUCUUGAUGUAUCUGAAAAUCGUGAUAUUAAAAUUCUCCCUAAUUCCAUUACUAGGCUACAGAAUUUGCAGACCUUAAAACUCAAUAAUUGUGGAUCUCUUAGGGAAUUACCCAUGGACACUAAAAAAUUGGUCAAUCUUAGGCAUCUAGAUGUUACUAAUUGUUUAAAAUUGACUCAUAUGCCCCAUGGACUAGGACAAUUAACUUCUCUUGAGAUACUACCACAGUUUGUUGUGAGUAAGGUAGGUUCUAGAGCUAGGUCUAGUUGUGGGCUAAGUGAAUUGAAAGAGUUGAGCAAUUUGGGAGGACGCUUAUGGAUUGGAUAUCUAGGACAUGAAAAAGAGGACAUGUUGGAAUGUCAAGCUGCAAAUAUGAAGGAGAAACAACAUCUUCAACAAUUGAUUUUACGGUGGGAUCGAUUACGGAAUGGAGAAACCACAUGUUAUGAUGAAAUAGCAUUGAAAUGGCUCCAACCACAUCCAAAUCUUAAAGCAUUGGAGUUAUGGUCUUAUAUGGGUGUGACAAUUCCAAGUUGGAUCUCUUCGCUCACUAAUCUUGUCAAUUUGGAAUUUUGGCAUACUCACAAAUGCCACCACCUCCCACCAUUAUAUCAACUCCCUUUUCUCAAGUCUCUCAGUCUUGUAGAUAUGGGAGAGCUUGAAUACAUAUCAGAAGACACUAAUAGUCUAUCCUUUACUUCAUCGUUGUCUUCCUCGAAAACAUUAUUUUUCCCAUCCUUAAUUACUCUCACAUUAUGGGAUUGCCCCAAUGUGAAAGGAUGGUGGAGGAUGGAUGAUAACACUCAACCAGACCAUUUGUUAAUACCAUCAUUUCCUCAUCUUUCGGAAUUAGAAAUUAGUUUUUGCCCGAACCUGACUUGCAUGCCACUAUUUCCGUAUCUCAAAGAAGGGUUGACAUUGACUGAACUAGCUAGUAGUGUAGCUGGGACUGAUGAAGGAAGCACUAGCUCAGCCACAAGACCAGCAGUCAGUGCAGCAUUUGCUGAUGAGGUACGCACUGAUCAGACUACCAAGCUAGCAUCAAAGGACAAGAUCAACUCAGCAAUCUUGGAAAUGAUUGAGUCCAUGCCACAUCAUGAGUUCUUCAUCCAGGAUCAUUGA